AUCUCUGAUGUACACACACACACACACACACACUCAUGCUAUCUACAACAUAAUAGUUGGAUAAUGUAGUGUAGACUUUAAGACCGCUGUAGUUUAAAUUCUACCAGGUCUUUAGGAGAAUAUUUCACACACACUCGAGUGUAACACAGGAUUACCUCAGAGAUCAGAACAGACAGGAGUUUAGAUAUGUAUGACAGUUCCAGAGGUGGUGGUUCAUCGGAAUGUGAAUAUGUAAACUGGGAGAAACCCCGGAAUUCCAGGAACGUAGACAAGCAGGAUCGUCAAUGCUCAGACCCCGCUGUAGGAGGUGAUACAGCAUGGAGCAGUUGUUCCAGGUUGACUGCAGUGUGUGCAGCACUGCUGUGUGUUCUCCUGCUGAGCAUCGCUAUAGUACAAUCAGUGAAACUCAACAAUAUGACCUCAGAGAGAGACCAGCUUCAUGCUGAGAGAGAUGAACUGCAGAAGAUGUUGAAUAAUACAGUCCAGCAGUGUCUGAGAUAUUUCGUCACAAAGCGCAUGGGCUGGAACGAGGCUAGACAGGAAUGCAGAUCAAGAGGAGCCGACCUUGUGAUCAUCAACAGCCGAGAAGAACAGGAGUCCAUCAGUCAGAUGGUUACCGGUGAGGCUUGGAUUGGUCUAAGUGACAGCGCUGAAGAAGGGAAGUGGACGUGGGUGGACAAUACAAACUUGACCACAGGGUUCUGGUGGCAAGGAGAACCUAAUGACUACGAGCAAAAGGAGGACUGCGCUUUAAUUGGCAGCAAAUUUGCUCAAGAUAAAAUUACAACAUGGGCCGAUUAUCCCUGUGAAAUGAAAUUGCCUGCUAUUUGUGAAAUAAAGGCAAAUGAUUAGAGCAGAAAUUUCCUCUAACUCAAACAAUAUCUGUAUUUUGUUCAUCUGUUUGUUUUCCUAUCCAAAGCCAUGGUUUUAAGAUAAAUUCAGCUAGUUUUGUAAACAUGUUGCAGGGCAGUGCUGAUUUAUUUAAAGGAAAUAAUCUAAAAUCAAUAAAAUUAAAUUCUGCAAACCUAAUGAAAGGAAAGAAGAAGAAAAGGGGGAUAAUGGCCAUAACAUGAAAUGAUAAAAUGGUGAACUGAUAAAGUCAGUCUCUCUUUUCACAUGUUAGGCUAGCUUCAGGCCUUUUUGCACAAGACCUAUGUAAAUGUACCAGAUGUAGUUGAGAUCGACAUUUCUCUAAGACCUGGCAACCAUGUUCUUCAAACACACUGCAAAUCCAACUACAAUUUUUAAUUAAAUCAAAAUUAUUCCCCAAAUAUAUCCUGUGUCAUCAUCAUGCAUUACUUUUUAUUUCUGUGCUUUUUCCGUUUCAACGAUUUGCACUUGUUGCUAUUUUUGUUGUGUCCAUAUUCAGCCAUGUAUGUCUUUGUUAUCUUUUUGUUAUCUUUAACCACUAAAAUUCUGUGUAAGGUUAUCCAACAGAGGGAAAAACACA